GUUCCCAGAUGCCAUGUGGUGAGUUUCUGUAGAAUGCUAAUCCUAUCUUUAGUAUGUAAAGUAGACUAGCUCAGGCUUUAAUGACUCAUUGACAAAGAUGAUGGGGGGCAGGAAGCUGCAGGGAGCUACUCUGUCUUUAAAAACAGGUUUCUCCCUUUUCACAUCCAGGGAAAUAUAAUAUUCUGCCUUCUUAAUAUUUCCCAGGAUAUUUUAGUUUUCCAGCAGAGGGGUGAGUUUUAACUUCAUACAGAAGGAAGGCACACACAUUCAUACAUAAAUACACAAACAAACAUACAUAUAGUAUAUGGAUCUUAAAAUUUUGCAAAUCCAUUGGAAUUUUCAAUAUUUUGGCAUAAAUAUGACCUCAAUUGUGAUGAUGCAAGUCCUAAAAUUAAAUAAAAAACCCAAUUGAACAAAUGAGUCAAAAAUAUGAUACUUGUUCAUUUAUUCAUUGAGGAAAAGGUUCCCAAAUUAUUUGUUUGUGGCAAAGGGGUGAUUAGCUCCUCUCUCAUGAAUGCCACUGAGCUUCCACACUCUAGAAGACCAUGUCCUGGAGUUGGUUUGUGCAGCUAGAUUGUUCAGAGACUUGAACUAAAUUCUGGCUGCAAUCCUGUUGUAUUUGUACAUAUCCAAUAAACAUUAUGUCUCCUCAAACUUGUUUGUGACUGAUAGCAGUACAGAGUUUGAGAGGCCCUGCUUUAACCUAAUCUGGCUCAUUUGCCUUCCAGUUAAACAUUAAUCUUGUAAAUUGACUAACUCAAACAUAAACAGGAGAAAGAGAAGAAAUUGAGUGUUUUGUGCUAACCCAAACUGUUGCAGAAAUAAUAUUAAGGAACACAGCAUUGGUGUCCCUUAUUACAAUACCAUCAUUUGUGCAUGUUUCUUGGAAUCAGUUGUUGAGAAAGGGAAAAUGAAUUCUGGGUGGAAAAGGAGUGGUAUGUUGGCAUACCACCAAUAUAGAUAGCAACAUUUGGUUACUGAGCUAUAAAAGAGAUUAACAAUCCAGAAAGCCAGGUUGUUGGUUUUUUUUUGGGGGGGGGGGUUGCAUCUGUCUAGAAUGCUUUAGACCAGUUGUGGAGAAAAUACUUAGAUUACAGUAGAUGUUAUAUAUUUACCCGAGAAAAUGGUCACCGGGCUUGGAGUCUUAUCUAGGUUGCUUUUAUGCUUGAGAUUCCACGUAUCUGGUUACUGCUAUGAAGACAGCUGGAGGAUCAAAACCAACCCGUCAAGUUUUCAUGCAGAACAACAAAGUUGGAAGGGACCUUGAAGGUUUAUUCGGCCGAGCUCCAGCCCCGCUCUCCGGCCUCCGGAAUGUUGAAGGGACGGGUAGCUCCGCCUGUCCCAAACGAGCGGCUCUCAAAAUCUUCCGCCCCGCUACGGCGCUGUUUCUGCACGGUUUUGUUCGCGUCGUCGCCAUGACGGGCUCCCGUUCGUUUUCACUGACGAAGCUCGGGCUGAGCCCGCUCCCCGUCUCCGCCGCCCUAGCUGUGCUGGUUACGCUGGGAAUGGCCGCGGCUUGGUACUGGCGAUGGAGGGACCGGCGAAGGCCGCUGCGGUUGAAGCAGGUGGGCACGGUGUCCGGGCUUUUCAUCUACCCGAUCAAGUCUUGCAGGGGCGUAGCCGUGCAGCAGGCCGAAGUAACGAAGUUGGGGCUCCGGGACGGAGAUCUGCGCGACAGAUGUUGGCUUGUGAUAAAGGAAGAUGGACACAUGGUGACUGCUCGACAAGAGCCUCGACUAGUAUUGGUCUCUAUCAACAAUCAAAAUGGCUAUUUGACUCUGAGUGCUCCAGAAAUGAAGGAUUGUCAUAUUCCAGUCAGAUUGUCAACCAAAAAUCCAGUACGGGACUGCAGGAUAUUUGGCUUUGAUGUUCAAGGCAGAGAUUGUGGAGAAGAUGCCGCUCAAUGGAUUACAGCCUACUUAAAGUCAGAACCAUACCGCUUGGUUUGUUUUGAACCAAAUAUGGUUCCAAGGAAUUCAAAAGAUUUAAUGGAACCUUUUCGUCCCACUGAUAAGAUGUAUUCUUACAACCGUUGAUCCAGAUACUGGCAUCAUAGACAGAAAAGAACCUCUUAAUACUUUGAAAAGUUACCGCUUGUGUGAGCCUUCUGAGAAGCAUAUAUACAAAUCAAGCCCUCUGUUUGGAUGGUACUUUGGAGUUGAUAAAACAGGAACGCUUAAGGUUGGAGAUCAUGUUUACAAGAUAAUGUGUGUAGUUUUAUCAAAUUGCAGUAAACUCUGGAAUGAAAUGUUCACAACAGAAGAUUGCAUUUUGUUAUGUCAUUUUGUUAUGUUAUGUGGCUCUUUGAGACAAAUCCCAAUCUUUAUGAUUAUCAAUGGUAGACAUUUUUUGUAUUUAUUUUUAAAGGUUGCCUAUGCUGAAGCCAGUCCACUCUUGCUGAUUUCUGAAGCUUCCUUGGAUGAUCUAAAUACAAGGUUAGAAAAGAAAGCUUCAAUAACUAUCUUCCGGCCGAAUAUUGUUAUUAAAGGCUGUAGUCCUUAUGAAGAAGUAAGUAUUAUUAUUAUUAUUAUUUUAUUCUAUUUAUUUGUAUCCCAUCUUUAUUAUUUUUAUAAACAAAGUAGUGGAAAUAUCCAACACACUUCCUCCUCUUAUUUUAUUGACAACAACAACCCUGUAAAAUGGGUUGUUCUGAAAGAAAAUGACGAUUCUUGGAUUGAUAUAUUAAUUGGAACUGUUAAGUUGAAAGGAAAAAUGUCAUGUCCAAGGUGCAUUUUCACAGCAGUGGAUCCAGAAACUGGGAUCAUAGGUGAAAAGGAAGUUCUAAAAACCCUGAAAAGUUAUCGCAAGUGUGAUCCUUCUGAAGAACAUGACUAUAAGUCUAAUCCUCCUUUUGGAUGGCUAUAUGGAGUUGAGGAAACGGGAACACUUGAAGUUGGGGAUCCUGUGUACAAGAUAAUCUCAUGAUGGGAGGCACUUGUGCAGUGGGGUGUAAUUUCUCUGUAUAUGGAUUCUGUACUCAUUUUUUAAGAUUAUUUUUUUCUUCCUUCUUAUUUGGGUACUUAUACAUAGGCUGUUGCAUAUGGUCACUAAGGGUCAUCACUAGUUUGUUGGCAAAUCAUUACUGUCAUCAUGACUGAGAAUUUACAUCAACACACCAUCAUUGCAAUUGAAAGAAAUUUGAAUGAACGGCAAACUGAAUGAAUAACAAAUAAGAGUUAGAGCCUUUUUCAGUCAGUAUUCUUAAUGCAAUACAGGUGUUUUGCUGUCUGAACACUACUGAGUUGGUGAUAGUGAAAGUAAACUUUUCCAUAUUAGAAAACUCUGCUUUUUUUAGAAACAUGAUUGAAAUGGAUAUAUGAUUGAAAUAUUCUGGGAUAGUCUUUGGUUUACUUAUUUCCCAAAAAGGCUAUAAAUAUAAGGAUAUGAUGAAAAUAUGAGGUAUUUUAUUGUAUAGCCAAGACAAGUGAAAAUCCUUUUCAGAAUGCUUGGAUCACUUAUUUCUAAAUGACUAAUGACUGACCAUUUGUAAAAACAGGUGUACAGAUGUUGAGCUGCCUAGAAUUAACAGUGUAAAUUUGUAAAGAAAACUCUUUACUGGAGGAAUUUCCAUAAAUCUGAAAUGAUUUAUGUCUGCUUUUUUUUAAAUCUCAAAAACCUGGCAUUUUAACAGGUGCAGACUUUAUAUACCCGCUGUGCGUCUAUGUUGCCAUGAUUAAAUUUGUAGCUCUCCCUGUAAGCUGCCUUGAGUCACCAUGUGUGAAUAGGCGGAAAUAUAAAUUUUCUAAUAAAUAAAUAUGGGAAUUUUACAAACAGUGCUAUUAGAUCCAGCUUUAUUGGAUUUCAUUUUUUUAAAUGUGUAUUUUGUCCCAGAAAAAUUAAACAAACUAAAGCUUAACAUUGAAAAAUCAUAAAUUAACUGGUUAAUUUCUAUAAAUUAGUUACUAAUUGAUUUAAAAAAUAUGGCCAUGGAGAUAUUUCACAUUUACAAAAUCCUUAAGCAAUGUUUCAUAUAUAAUGAUGCAAAGAUUUUGUAUUUCAGAAAUGAAGACUAUCUUUAUGGAUCAAUCAAUCAAUAAAUUCUAAGCAAUUUU